AUGGCUACCACCACGCGUAUUAUGGCCCCCACGGAGCUCGUCCCGCGCGAGCUCGACCUGAGCGCCUAUGGGCACGACGCUUUUAUUGAUAAGCUCAACAUUGUUCCCGGCUUGAGGACAAGCACUGCGUUCUUUACAUUUCUCCGCGCCAACCUCGUAGCUGUCCCCUCGGCCGCGUCAUCCCCGUAUCUGGAGCCGACCGCGUCCCAUGGCUGGACACCGCCGUCGCCGGUGCCGUUCGCAAAGGUCAACCGCGGGGUCACCGGUGCCGCUGCCGCUGGCAGGCGGAGGGCCGCCAUGAGCGACCUGCCCGUUGUCCCGGACGACCUCCCGCCCCUCUCCAUCGGCAUCCUCGAUGCCCACGACGACAAGGCCGAUGCCCUCGACCUCGUGGCAGAUUCCAUCGCGCAGCAGCGCCAGUCUGCCUACCGCUACCUGGCCCUGCACCCUUGCCUUCUAGCCAGUCUCACUGCAUGCCUCGCAGCGACGCAGCAGUUUUCGCGCCACUGCGACCUCGCCACCAGUCUCGUGCUGCACUCGAGCGUCGUCACAGCCUAUCUUCUCGGCAUCCGCUUCCUGACCUCGCACUAUGCGCGGCUCGCCGCUGGCUUGCGAUGGUCGUGGCUCCUCGUCUCAUCCGGAGCCGCAGAUGGCAGCAGCGGCAGUGGCGACGAGAACAGCAACUACGGCGAGGAAGACACGAUGAUUGGCGUGCGGUUUCGGUCGGAGCUCAUCGGCGCUCUGGUGUUACGCCUCGAAGUUCCAACCUUUGCCACCGGCUUUACAAAACGCCACCACCGCGCCCGCAACAACUCGACACAGCUCCGCAGGGUCGGAGGCAAUGGCAGCGGUUUCUACACGGGCAAGGGCGUGAUCCGCGCGUGGACGAUCAAGACCAAGUACCGCAACCAAGGCGUCGGGUCGGAUCUGCUUCACGAGGCCGUCCGCGUUACCCGCGAGCGCUGCGGAAAGGACGCCGCCGUGGGCUUCGCCAGCCAGCACGCCAACAGCGCGACAAUGGACCUGCCCGAGAUCUUCUGCGGACACGUCCGCCGGACCGAGCAGAAGGCCACGCGGGCCCUCGACGAGGUGCUCAAGGGCUGGGAGGAGAACAAGCGCCGCAGGAAGUUGUGA